AUGGACGCCAGAGAUGGAUGGCACGUGCCAUAUGGUGAGACUGGUGCUCUGGAUAAGGCGAUAAUCAACCGCACAAUGAUCAGAUUCCGGCCGAUCGCUCCGAAACCGGCGGAUGGCGGCUCUUCCUCCGGUACGACUUCGGCGGAUGGUAAAACCGUUCUUAGUGCAAGCAAAAGAGUCAAGAGGAAGUACAUUAGGGUUGCAAAGAACCCUAAAAAUAAUAACAGCGCCAGAAAAAUAAUAAACAGUAAAUCUUCCGCAGAAGAUAAUCCGACGGCUGUAGUCACUCUUCAGCUGAUGCCGGAAAAAACAGACCCGAGAGAUUUUUCAGGUAGUGGAUCUUGGUGUACUACCGUUGAUCCUACGGUUGUUAAAACAUCGGAUAACAGGGAGUUGCCUACGUGGAUGACCCUAAACCCUAAGAUGAACUGGUCCGUCUGGAACGCGGACACACGAUCCGGCACAGAUAGUACGGCGGUGGUGCCUCGGCUGGCGGCGGUGGACUCGUGGGUGACGGUGGAAAGCGUGACAGACACGUGCAUGGUUGUACGAGGUUUAGGUUGCACGGACGUGGAGAAACUGAAGAGUUUGGAUAAAGACACGUGUCCGGGGUUUAUAUCUGACGGUUUUAACAGAGUGCAGUGGGUGAACGAGGCCUACAAGAGGAUGGUGAACUACGUGGAGGGGCAGUCGCCGCCGGCGGAGGCUGGGGUGUGCCUGGCUACGAAAGAGAGCCUGCCGUAUACUCACCCAGCGUUCAGUUGCCGGGUGAGGCUGCAGUACUACACGAGGCAGAAGGAGAAGUGCUCGAACAUGGUGCCGUGCGAUGUGUGGAGGAUGGAGUGCGGGUUGGCUUGGAGGCUGGACAUCAAGGCGGCGCUUAGUUUGGGUCUGUGAACCAGAAGCAAAGCUGGAGUGGACAAAAUACAGAUCAGCUACAUGUGUGUGGGACGUGACUCACUUUGACCAAAAUUCUAAUGGAGUUGAAGAAAAUGACCACAGCUGCAUGUUUUGAGGAGUUAAAAGAUCAACAGUUAUGAAUUUUUAGUUAAGCGACCAUUACUCCAAUUAGGUUAAAAUUGAUGAACUAUUGCUACAAUUUUCUCAGAUUUUAAAUGUAUAUUUUAUUUUGAAAAAAGCAAGGAUACUAUUUGAAUAUAA